CUCAGCCAGCCCUGCAGGGUGAGCAGUCCAGCCCCGGUUCACCAAGCCUUGCAGCCGGAGAACUUCCAUCUCGCUCUCCUGGCUUUGAUCCUCACUGUACAUCAGACCGGAGGCGCCGAGGGGAGGGAGGAUGCGAGAUGACCGGCCCUUUGGCAACCUGGCCAUCAUCUCCUUAGCAGAGCCUUCGAAAGCCAGCCGGGGGCUGACAGGACGACCAAGGAGGCGCCCCGCCUCUUGUGGAUGUGUGUGUGUGUGUGAGCGGGUGUGAGUGAGGGUGUGUGUGUGUAUGUGUGUGUGUGCAUCACGACUGUGUGUGUGCAUGUCUGGAUGAGUGCGUGAGUGCACGCGCGAGUGUGUUUGUGUGUGUGUGUGCGUGUGAGUGUGUGAGUGAGUGCUCUUGGUUAUUAUUUUUUUGGAAGAAAAAUCUUGAAAAUCUGGGGCAGGUUACCGUGCUCCUAGGGUGGUGGUUCUUCUUUUGCAAGAGGAGCUGACCAGACCAAGCUACUAGAGACAUUUUUCCACGAGUAAAGAGAAUUUUCCUACCAGACCGAGAGGAUUCUUCCCCUGGCUCUGCAGCGAGUGAAAGAGAUUAGCUCCUAAACCUGUGAAAUCGACCAGAGCCGUGUGAUUACCAGGGCUUGAGAGUGGACUCGGAAGAAAAGGAGAAAUAAAUCAAACCGCCUGUCAGUGCCUUUGGCCACAUUGGAAGAUGUCAUCGCAAACUAAGUUCAAGAAAGACAAAGAGAUCAUCGCCGAAUAUGAAGCCCAAAUAAAAGAGAUCCGCACGCAGCUGGCGGAGCAGUUCAAAUGCCUGGAGCAGCAAUCCGAGUCCCGGCUGCAGCUGCUGCAGGACCUGCAGGAGUUCUUCCGGCGGAAGGCGGAGAUCGAGCUCGAGUACUCCCGCAGCCUGGAGAAGCUGGCCGAGCGCUUCUCCUCCAAGAUCCGCAGCUCCCGGGAGCACCAGUUCAAGAAGGACCAGUACCUCCUCUCGCCUGUGAACUGUUGGUAUCUGGUCCUGCAUCAGACCAGGCGGGAGAGCCGAGACCACGCCACCCUCAAUGACAUCUUCAUGAACAAUGUCAUCGUCCGCCUCUCCCAGAUCAGCGAGGAUGUCAUCAGACUCUUCAAAAAGAGCAAGGAGAUUGGCCUGCAGAUGCAUGAGGAGCUCCUGAAGGUCACCAAUGAGCUCUACACAGUCAUGAAAACCUACCACAUGUACCACGCGGAGAGCAUCAGUGCGGAAAGCAAGCUGAAGGAGGCCGAGAAGCAGGAGGAGAAGCAGUUCAACAAAUCGGGAGACCUCAGCAUGAACCUGCUCCGGCACGAGGACCGGCCGCAGCGCCGCAGCUCCGUGAAGAAGAUCGAGAAGAUGAAGGAGAAGAGGCAGGCAAAGUAUUCUGAGAACAAGCUGAAAUGCACGAAAGCCCGGAACGACUACCUGCUGAACCUGGCGGCCACCAACGCAGCCAUAAGCAAAUACUACAUCCACGAUGUCUCCGACCUGAUUGACUGCUGUGACCUGGGCUUCCACGCCAGCCUGGCCCGCACCUUUCGGACCUACCUCUCCGCCGAGUACAACCUGGAAACCUCUCGCCACGAGGGGCUGGACGUCAUCGAGAAUGCAGUGGACAACCUGGAUUCCCGAAGCGACAAGCACACCGUCAUGGACAUGUGCAACCAGGUCUUCUGCCCUCCGCUCAAGUUCGAGUUCCAGCCCCACAUGGGGGAUGAGGUGUGCCAGGUCAGUGCUCAGCAGCCCGUCCAGACGGAACUGCUCAUGCGGUACCACCAGCUGCAGUCCAGACUGGCCACUCUCAAGAUAGAGAAUGAGGAGGUUAGAAAAACCCUGGAUGCCACCAUGCAGACCUUACAGGACAUGCUGACCGUGGAGGACUUUGACGUCUCCGACGCCUUCCAACACAGUCGAUCCACAGAGUCCGUCAAGUCGGCCGCCUCUGAGACUUACAUGAGCAAGAUCAACAUUGCCAAAAGGAGAGCCAACCAGCAGGAAACAGAAAUGUUUUAUUUUACAAAAUUUAAAGAAUAUGUGAACGGCAGUAACCUCAUCACUAAGCUGCAGGCCAAGCACGACUUGCUCAAGCAGACCCUGGGUGAAGGGGAGAGAGCAGAAUGCGGCACAACCAGCAGAAGAGAUGGAAGGCUUAGGCUGCCCCACUUUCCUUGGCUGAGCUGCCCCCCUGCUCCCCACUUUGUGCCCCACCCAGCACUUCAAGGAAGAAGAAAUGCUCGAGCCAGGAACCAGGAUUCAGGACAAGCUAUCCCACUCGUAGUUGAGAGCUGCAUCCGAUACAUCAAUUUAUACGGACUCCAGCAGCAAGGGAUCUUCAGAGUGCCAGGAUCUCAGGUCGAAGUCAAUGACAUCAAAAAUUCCUUUGAGAGAGGUGAAGACCCCCUUGUGGAUGACCAAAAUGAACGAGAUAUCAAUUCGGUCGCUGGGGUUUUAAAACUGUAUUUCCGAGGACUGGAAAACCCACUCUUUCCUAAGGAAAGGUUUCAAGAUUUGAUAUCUACUAUUAAACUGGAGAACCCAGCUGAGAGGGUGCACCAGAUCCAGCAAAUCCUCGUCACCCUUCCCCGCGUGGUCAUUGUGGUCAUGAGAUACCUCUUCGCUUUCCUCAACCACCUCUCGCAGUAUAGUGACGAAAACAUGAUGGACCCCUACAACCUGGCCAUCUGCUUCGGGCCCACCCUCAUGCACAUCCCUGAUGGGCAAGACCCUGUGUCCUGCCAGGCACACGUCAACGAAGUCAUCAAAACCAUCAUCAUCCAUCAUGAAGCCAUCUUCCCCAGCCCUCGGGAGCUAGAGGGACCCGUGUAUGAAAAAUGCAUGGCAGGAGGGGAAGAAUAUUGUGACAGCCCACACAGCGAGCCAGGGACCAUCGAUGAAGUUGACCACGACAAUGGCACCGAGCCUCACACCAGUGAUGAAGAAGUGGAGCAGAUCGAGGCCAUCGCCAAGUUUGACUACGUGGGGCGGUCACCGCGUGAACUGUCCUUCAAGAAGGGGGCCUCACUGCUCCUGUACCACCGUGCCUCGGAGGACUGGUGGGAGGGUCGUCACAAUGGUGUGGAUGGACUCAUCCCUCAUCAGUACAUAGUCGUACAGGACAUGGACGAUGCCUUCUCGGACAGCCUGAGCCAAAAGGCUGACAGUGAGGCCAGCAGCGGGCCGCUGCUGGAUGACAAGGCCUCCUCCAAAAACGACCUCCAGUCCCCCACAGAGCACAUCUCAGAUUACGGCUUUGGGGGGGUGAUGGGCCGAGUGCGGUUACGAUCCGAUGGAGCGGCCAUCCCCAGGCGCCGAAGCGGGGGCGACACGCACAGCCCGCCCCGGGGCCUGGGCCCCAGCAUAGACACGCCGCCCCGGGCCGCCGCCUGCCCCAGCAGCCCCCACAAAAUCCCGCUCACCCGGGGGAGGAUCGAGAGCCCGGAGAAGCGGAGGAUGGCGACGUUCGGGAGCGCCGGCAGCAUCAACUACCCUGACAAGAAGGCGCUCUCCGAGGGGCACUCGAUGAGGUCGACGUGCGGCUCCACCAGGCACAGCAGCCUGGGGGACCACAAGUCCCUGGAGGCUGAGGCCCUGGCAGAAGACAUCGAGAAGACCAUGAGCACGGCUCUGCAUGAGCUGCGGGAACUCGAGAGGCAGAACACAGUCAAGCAGGCGCCAGAUGUGGUGCUGGACACACUGGAGCCCCUGAAGAACCCGCCAGGCCCCAUCAGCUCGGAGCCCGCCAGCCCCCUGCACACCAUUGUCAUCCGUGACCCCGACGCCGCCAUGCGCCGCAGCAGCAGCUCCUCCACUGAGAUGAUGACCACCUUCAAGCCAGCCCUAUCUGCCCGCCUGGCCGGCGCCCAGCUGCGCCCGCCCCCCAUGCGGCCGGUGCGGCCCGUGGUCCAGCAUCGGUCCAGCAGCAGCAGCAGCUCGGGCGUGGGCAGCCCAGCUGUGACGCCCACCGAGAAGAUGUUCCCCAACAGCUCAGCCGACAAGUCGGGCACCAUGUGACCUGCAGGAUGGGCGGCACCGCCCUGCCCGCUGUGGCUCGCCAUGGCCAAGGGUGGCCUCUGUGACCUCCACGUCCUUCCCAGUGCUCAAGGCCUUGUCAAGCAGAGACCAGAAGGUCAGCCUGGGAGCACGUGUGUGCAGAGCUUAGGCCGGGCACUGGCCGCAGCUCACGUUCAGCCAUGUGAAUCCCACAGCCCUCGCGAGUGUAAACAGACGCGCAGAGGAGCGCAGGAGCAAGCUAAGCGGCCCAACCAGAGCGUUUCCUAAGAUUGUGGCAAGAUGUUCAAUGGCUUCGCCUGCAUAUCGUCACUGGAAAAUUCUUCUCUCGACAUUCUCUCUACGUACAUACGUACGUGUAUAUAUAUGUGUGUGCAUAUAUACACGUAUGUAUGUGUGUAUGUGUCUGUAGGUGUGUGUAUAUAUAUAUUUAUGCAUCUAUAUACAUAUACUAGAUCUGGACACACAUACUAAGUGUAUAUAGGAUCUCCUUUUUCUUUUUCUGAAACUUAGAUUUACCUCAGACCCAUGCCACCAAACAUCUCCCGCUGAGUUAUUUGGUGGGAUCUGCAGGGACUUUUCUGGGAGAACUCAGAGGCCCACAGUAACUGCGAAUGAAGCAAUAUACCACUAACCUGCAGAAAAACAAAACAGUCUCCCACUGUCUCCAGAAGCCGUGGCCUUCCAGAACAGUCUGCCCUUACAGGAAGGGUGGGGCAGGCGGUACCCCAAGCAGGCUGCCCCUAGAGGUGGGGAACCCUUCACAGAACCCCCCCACCCCCUCCACCCCAGAGACCCUGCCUUUCCACCCGGAGGCCAAGGGCCAACUGUACCCCCAAAGGCACGGGGAGGACGUUGGCGAGAAGACCCCUGGCCACAGCAUUCUUGUGUUUGUAUGUGGAAAAAGGGGAUAGUAACCCCCUAAGCCCCAUUGUAGCACAGUAUUGUGUGUGGUUGGGAAAAAGGAAAAAUCAACACAGUGGUGUGGAACACUUCCGAACCUAGAAACGCUGUAGGAAUAAAUGUGGUAACUAUAGAGGUUUAACUUAUACCAUUUUCAAAAUAUUUAAGUUUUUAUUUUCCUCUUUCUACUAAUUAUCCUGUGUCAGAUCUGGAACUAAACAGGCAAGGAGGCUUUGGGUCACAUCAUUUUAAUUUAAAAUCAGGCCGUGACGCACUUGGCUGGUGCCUCUUGCAUGAAGCGCAUGGGCCCUAAGUGCCCAGCUCAGACCAGGGGCCCAGGAGGGGCGCCCCUUGGCACUUUCCAACCUAGAGAACACGUCCGUUGAGUUUAUGCAAGUGAAAUAGCUUCCCUCUCUCCUUUCCCUCCCCUUCCACUCGCCUCCUCCAGAGCAUUUAGUGUAAUUGAAAAUACGGUGAUAGAAUUGGGGUGCAUGAUGUUCAAGUAUUUUGCCUCUUGGCUGGGAAAAGACCUUCCGGAACCCUUGUUUGAUUCCAUUUUAAUGUUUUGAUUCCCACUUCCUUUUUCGAUCUCUUCAUUUCCCAGAGCUGGGCUGUUUCUGGAUAAUGGGACACAGGUGGAUCAGAUUCUAACAGGACCACUUUUACCCGCUCCCCUCGUGCCAAGCCAAAGGCUUCCUUCUUAUUGUUCUCCAGCUUCCUCUCUUUCUCUCCCUCGAGGCCUCUGAGUGUGUCUCCAUGGCUGUGGUUUGGAGUCAAAAGUUCUGUGUCUGAGUCCCAGCCCCCCACCUUAGGUGCUCUGGGACUGUGGCCAUGUCACUCCACCUCAUUGAGCCUCAGUGUCCUGCUCCAUAAAAUGAAGAGAAUAAAGAUAAAAUGUGAGCAAGCUGUGUAAACUGGAAAGCAGUGUGCCAACACUAUUGUUCUUUUUAUUAUCAUUAGUAGGGUAAGUCUUUUAGAUCAAAAACCAUCCAGGACCUUCCUUUUGAAACCUCCUAAUAGCAAUGGAGAAGUGGGCAGUGGAAUUUUCCUACCAGCUUCUAACAUCCCUGAAGCACAGCCCUACAGAUAUAUCACCUAUUGACGCUUGAAAUGCCAUCAUUCCCAUUUCAACCCAUUGGAUUAAGUUUUGCCCUCUCCUCUGGUCCUCCAUAAAAAGGUAAACAUACCCCAGAGGGAGGGACUGUUAAGUCACUAGUAUCUGGGCGUGUAGGAGUGGUAAGCCAUUCUGCCUUGUCUGAAGGACUGGCAUUGAGAGCACACAGCGGAAGGAAGGACCAAGAAAGGGCACAGAAAGAGAACGCCAGGGAGAGGCCAAUGACAAACUUGACCCUCCUUGUUUUGCCUAGAACGAACCGUUCUCUUUUAGCUCCUGGAAAUGAAAGCACCUCGGAACCAGCUAGGAGCCCUCUGCCUUGGAGCCCAUAAAGGUAUCCCCGUUUUACAGCUUAGGAAAGAAAGCUAGACCUUGGGAUAUGCUAUGACUUGCCCAAGAUUUAAUAGAUAGCUGAGAGUGGGGCUGUGUCAGGCUCGUAAAGUCAUUUACUUGCAAGGACACUCUGCUGUCCAGCCAGGUCACAAGACAUCUCAUUUCUACCCCAGAGAUAUGCCCAGACCUUAAAAGCAGUAGCCUGCUGCGUAAAAUGUGACCUGCUCUGCCAUGACUACCAGAGGAAAAGUGACAAUCUGAGUUGACAGAUCUGUCUCCUGAUAUGCAUAACACCAGUCAGACCGUGUGGAUUUUCCUCUCAAUUGACUAACUUUGUUUUUUCUUGCUGAAGUGGACCUGCCUUUCACUGAAUGACCUCAAGGCAGAGCCUUGGCUGUUUUCUUUAAGCACUUAUUUUUCCAUUGGGAAACGGCUGGUGAGUUCACAUCUAGGGAAGCUCACCCCCCACUCAUCCAGCCCCAAAUCUGAGCCUUGACGCAGAACCAAAUGGAAAAAUCCUUUCCUGUGCCCCUCCCCCCAUUUCCUCAUCUGGCUCUCUGCAUGUCACCCUCCACAAGCACCGGGUCCCAUCCAUAGUCUCUGAGCAUUGGCAUCCUCUUCCUGACUCCUGCCUGUGUUAGUCCACUAUAUAUUGCUGUAUUUGCUUAAAUGCUGGAAAGUAACUGUUAAAAUGUGAAACUGUAAUUUUUAAAAAGGCUACAGUUAAAUUUUAGCCAAUGCCACUCACCAAAUCUUUGCACCUAGUAGAUAGAUCAAUGUAAAAAACAAAUACCAGAAACCUAACUGUACAGUGAGUGUGGGGGAAAUGUAGUAACCUAGUUAGUAGUCCUCAAUAUAACCAAUUGUACAAGGGGCAGUGGUGUUUACCUACUUGUCCAUCACCAUUACUGAAAGCUGUACUGAUCAGUUCGUUGAUAACGGGCAUUUUUUUUUUUUUUUUUUACUUCACAGAAUGAGUUCUUUUCUUAACCUUCAACUUACCCUGAGGUCAAGCCUUUUGUCUUUAUGUGUAACCGAUGUUCAGUCUAUUUUUAGGAAUGAACCAGCAAGAUGUUCGUUUAAAACUGACCAAAGACAAUUCAUUCCUGGUCUAGUUUCCUGGGCCUCGGGGCCCAGCUGCCGCUAAAGACCUUUCUGGGAUAAAAUUGAGAACAAGCUGUGCUUCCUACCCCACGCCCCCGUCCCCCUUUAUUCCCUGUUCCUCUUAAAGAGCUGCUCUGAGCUGUGGGAUUCUAUGAAAAAUUCUUGCCUUUCCUUGUUUUCAGUGCUAACGAUUUCUCACCUUGAAGCGCCUUUUGAACCCCAGACAGAGCGCAUAACUGGAGGGAAUUGUAAGCUUGGGAAGUAGACUUGGGAGUGUUUUCUCUGAGGUCACCAGGCCAAGGGGCAGGAGAGAAAUGGAUUCCCAAGGGACGAAAGGUUUCUAUUCAACAAAGAAAUCUGAGUGGGAAGAGACACAGGGAAAUGGAGCCAUCCUUUGGCCACGGCUGGAACCAGCAGUUCAGAGAUCUGCCUUAUAAACACUUCAGAACUGGUUUGUGGUACGCGGAGGGGAGCCAGUGUGGGGAAGGGCCUUUGCGUGGGGCUUCCUUCCCUGUUGGAGGCCCUUGGAGUGCCUUGUUGGGUAUCUUUCUUUCUCAUUCAGGAGGCAUGAAUGCGGAGGACUUCCUAUGACCUGGUGGUUACCUGGCGCCCAGCGCACGUACACGGCUGGUGGAAAACCACAAGGACUAAUGUAAUGGUUCUUCCUCUCAGUCUUUCUGUUCUUAACUUUCCACACAUCCAGAUGGUUCCACACCAGAGCAAAUGCCUCAUUCUCCCGAGAAAGCCAGAAAGAAGAAUGGCUGGCUCCCAACCACGGUGGGGGCCCUGUGGGGCUUGUGGGGACGGGCAGGGAGGAAAAGGCAGGAAGGGGUGAGCCGAGGUGUUGCUUAGCCGAUUUUCUGCUGUGCAGAGCUAAUGCUGACGUUUCAUGUCAACUUCCCCGGUUCUCUGGGGACUCCUCUCUUCUGAGCAGCCAUGUAGAGAAUUCCCCACGUACCCAGAGCUGCCCAGGGGAGUGGAGAGAAGGACUUUGCUGUCAGGUCGGAGUCCUCCUGGCCUCUCUGAGGUUGAUCUGCCAGUGUCCUGCUGUCCCACCCUCUGGGACUGGCCGAAUGGCCAGCGCUGCCCCUUGCUGACACCUCCUUUCUGUGUGAACUGUCCCAGGCAAAUAACAAAGCUGUUCCUUGAACCAGUACAACCAGAGUGCACUUUGCCUUCCUUAGACGGAAGUAGAUUCUGGCUAGAGUUUCCGCUCAGGCUCUAGUCCCCGGCGGUGUGGCUGUUUACACGGUUUGGCAUUAGGUUCGGUUCUGAUUGCUUCAGAGUGGCUGGUCUCUUUCGUUUCCUUCGGUUUCCUUCCUCCCCAAACUGUGUCAGGAAAAAACAAACUGAAACCACCCUAGGAAAUUGCUGGUUGCCUGUCCCCCCGUGAUGAUCAGUGUUGCCCUCUCCCAGAUCCUGUUUCUCCACCCAACGCCCGUCCUCUAGAGUGUCUGACUGGAUCCUCUGUCGCGUAUUCUGAUGGUGCCUGCUGGUUUGACGUGGAGCUAUCCUGUGAAAUAAAACAGCUUAACUUUUC